AUGAUCAAUGAUGCUUUUGGGAUAUCUAGGGACCAUGUGAAUGUAGAAGCCUGCACAUCGCAUCAACCAGUACAUGAAGGUGAAAAAAGGAUGCCAGAAUUGAAUCAAGGACCUAAUGAGAAAACUAAGGCAUUUUACGAUCUAGUUAGGGAUGGAAAUCAAGCAUUGUAUGAAGGAUGUACGAAGUACUCGAAAUUAUCAUUCCUAGUAAAACUAUAUCACAUCAAGUACUUGUGCGGAUUGAGUAACAAAGCAAUGUCUAUGAUUUUAGAAUUGUUAAAAGAUGCCUUCGAACAUGCAGAGAUUCCUGAUUCUUUUUAUGAGGCGAAGAAAUUAAUUACUAAGCUUGGUCUUAAUUACAGUCAAAUACAUGCAUGUCCAAAUGACUGUAUGUUGUAUUGGGGAGAAGAUGAAAGUAGGGAGACAUGCAAAGUAUGUAACACGUCAAGAUGGAAACAAAGUAGGAAAGGUAACCCGACGAACAUGUCUGGUGGGGGCAAGAACAGAAAAAAAAAACUUGUCAAAGUUUUACGGUACUUUCCACUUAAACCACGUUUGCAAAGGUUAUUUAUGUCUUCUAAAACUGUUGAACAUAUGAGGUGGCAUUCUGUGGAUAGUAACAAAGAUGGCUUGAUGAGGCACCCGAGAGACUCUAAGGCGUGGAAGAGAUUCGAUGAAACACACAUUGAAUUCGCAUUAGAUCCACAGAAUGUUAGGCUUGGGUUAGCUAGUGAUGGCUUCAAUUCUUUCGAAACUUUGAGUACCAACUAUAGCAUUUGGCCUGUGAUUCUUAUACCGUACAACUUACCCCCUUGGAUGUGUAUGAAGCAGACUUCCUUCAUCAUUUCAAUGAUCAUUCCGGGAAAGAAAAUGCCAGGGAAUGAUAUCGAUGUUUACUUACAACCCUUGAUUAAAGACUUGAAGGAUUUGUGGGAUGGUGGUGUGGAAACAUUUGACGCUUCACUCAAUGAAAUGUUUAAUAUGUGCGCUGCAUUGAUGUGGACAAUUAGCGAUUUUCCUGGGCUUGGUAAUUUAUCUGGGUGGAACACACACACUGGUUCAGCUUGUACAACUUGUAAUUUUGACUCUGUUGCCCAUCGUCUACCUCAUAGUAGAAAGUGGAGUUUUAUGGGUCAUCGCCGAUUUUUAGAGCCAAAUCACAGAUUCAGGUUUAAUCGUGUUCACUUUGAUGGUAAUACAGAGUUUAGGAAUCCACCAGUGGCACUAUCAAGUUUAGAGAUAUUCAAGCAAUUGGAAAAUGUUCAUGUUACAUUUGGGAAAGGGAUGGAGGUUGAAGAUAACAGAAAAAGAACUCGCCGAAAAAAUAUUGUAGAAAGUGGUUGUCAACAAUGGAGAAAGAAAAGUAUAUUUUUCCAACUUUCUUAUUGGGAGUACAACUUGUUACACCAUAACCUUGAUGUUAUGCACAUUGAGAAGAAUGUGUGUGAUAAUGUCUUGUACACCAUUCUCAAUGAAAGUGGAAAAACAAAAGAUAAUCUCAAUGCUCGAAAAGACUUGAAAGAGAUGGGCAUAAGAAGUGAUCUUUGGCCAAAUGAAAAUGGACAGUAUCGACCUGCUUUAUUUACAAUGUCAAAUGCCCAAAAAGAUGUAUUCCUUACAACUUUGAAGAAUGUUUUAGUUCCUGAUGGUUACUCAAGUAACAUUGCUAGGUGUAUUGAUCUAAAGCAUCGGAAGAUAUUUGGUUUGAAAAGUCAUGAUUCACAUACUCUUAUGGAGCAACUGCUACCAAUAUCAAUUAGAAAUGUGUUGCCUAACCAAGUGUCUGCCGUUUUAGUUGAUUUGUGCUCAAUAUUUAGGCAAAUAUGUGGCAAGGUGUUGAAUCCUCUAGACUUUGACAAGCUCCAACGUCGAGUCAUUCUCACACAAUGCCAUAUGGAAAUGAUUUUUUCGCCUGGGUUCUUUACAGUCAUGGUUCAUUUGGUUGUGCAUCUAGUGAAUGAACUAAAGCUUGGAGGCCCAGUACAUUAUCGAUGGAUGUAUCCUAUAGAAAGGUAA